CUAAAGGUCUAGACUCUAGAGUACCAGGCCAUAAACUCCAAAAAAAAAACCUACUUCUGUCGAUAAUAAUUUUACAAAUUUUACAUGUACCUCUCAAACUCUCAAAAAAAUCCACUUGAGAUUUAUAUUUUAUCAUAAACUAUUUUUCGGUUUCAUUCAACAUACAUUCACAUUGUAAAUAGAGAAUAAUUGUAUUUUCAAUUUAAUGAAUACCUGUACCUACGAACGCUACGUUAAACUACAGUUGUGAUUGUAAACACUAAUUAUAAUAAUGAGAAUAUUUACUCUGGCUUCUGGUAUUUCAACUUUACUGAAAACACGAUGUACCCUAUGCAGUAUAUAUCGUCCAUAUGCUACACGUAAAAGAUUUUAUAAGGGGACAGCUGUGAUUCAGAAUGACAACAAAUGGGAAGUGACUUUGGAUCAUCGACGUCUAAAAACACCAAAUGGGAAUGUAUUAACCGUUGGGAAUGAACCUCUUGCUCGUGUUGUUGCUGUAGAAUGGGAUUCACAAAAUGAAACAAUUUCACAAGCCACCAUGCAUUUGACCGCAUUGUGUAAUACUGCUCUGGACAAUCCCGGGAAAUUGACAUCACAUGACAUUGUCAAUUACCUUUUGGAACAUUAUCCUACAGACACACUUUUAUUUUAUUCUGAGGAUGAAGAAGAAUUGAGGGAUCUUCAAGAAAGAAAAUGGACACCAAUAUUGGACUGGUUUCAAAAGACAUUUAAUGUCAAACAGGAACUAGCGAAUAGUAUACAGCCACCGCCGGUCUUCACAGAAACUAGAGCUGUGUUAGCUCGGCAUUUUCUAUCAUAUGAUUUCGCAGCACUGACAGCAAUAAAUUUCGGUGUCGAGGCAUUAAAGUCACCGAUCUUAAUGUUGGCGUGUAUGGAGCGCCGCGUUGUACCCGAGGAAGCUGUAUUGUUAGCAAGACUUGAAGAAGAAUAUCAGCUGGAGCGCUGGGGCCGCGUGCCGUGGGCGCACGGGCUGAGCCAGGCCGACCUGACGGCGCGCGUGUCCGCCGCCCUGCUCCUCGUACACUGCGCUACUGAGAAACAUGCCAUCAAAACUAAAUCUGCCCAAGAUUCACAAUGAGGUCAAUACAACGAUACGCGAUUCCCGUAUGUCAUCUAGUCGAAUUAUAUAAGUUACCGUUUAUGAAAUGGCUAAUAAAAUGGAUAAUAAAUGUUUAAAAUUGGACACAAA